AUGGCACCUAGACUUCCUCCUCCUCCACCACAGACCAAUGAAAACGAUGUGCCCAACAACACCAGAUUGUUGGAAUCAGUGAUCGAAAGGCUACAAGAGCAGAAUGUUGUUCUGAUGCAGCAAAACGCGACUAAUUCACAAAAUCUCGAAGCUGCUCGCGCCAAUUCUGAAAUGACUCAGAGGCAGCUGAUGGAGAUUCUUGCAGCUACUAGGGGUACGCCAGGAGCAUCUGCUUCAAACACUACUCAUCAGGCUGAGUGGAGUUUGGAAAAUUUCUUGCAGCAUCGUCCUGCAAAGUUUGAUGGGAAAUGCCUUCCCGACGGAGCUGAUCAGUGGAUAAGGGACAUGGAGCAGAUCUACAAUGCCAAGCGAUGCCCAGAAGACAACAGGUUAGCGUAUACUGAGUAUCUGCUGACUGGGGAGGCCAGUCACUGGUGGGCAAGCGUUAAGAUGAUACUAACGCAAGAUGAAAGUCCUAUUUCCUGGGAAGUGUUCAAGGAAAAAUUCUAUGAGGAGUAUUUCCCGGACAGUGUCCGUUUCGGCAAAGAAGUGGAGUUUCUCCAGUUGGUGCAGGGCAAUAUGUCUGUUUCUGAGUACACUAACAGGUUCAAGCACUUGGUCCGUUUCAAUACCAUGGCUACUAGUGAAGUGUGGCAGUGCCGGAAGUUCGAAAAUGGGUUGAGAAGUGAUCUGAAGGUACUAAUCUCCAGCCUUUGCAUUAAGUCUUUUCCUGCCAUGGUUGAGAGAGCAAAAGUGUUAGAGAAAAAUGUGGCUGAAGCAGAACGACUGAAGAAACAGCAACAACCAACUAGAGGGCCGAUCAUGUCCAGGCCGAAUCUGAAUCGGAACAGGUUGCCAUAUGCUCGCCCAGCACAACCAUCUAAUUCCCAGGCUAUGGUUGUUGGCGGACAGUCUGGACGGCACGGAUCAGUCAAGUGUUUCCAAUGCGGAGGACCACACUACCGGUCGUCUUGCCCUCAGUUAUUGGGAGUGAAGUCCUACACUCGUUGUGGAAGAAAUGGUCAUAUAGAACGUGAGUGUAGAAUGGGUGGACGAGCGGUAAUGAGGCCGCCAAAUGCCGGGAGGAUGCAACAGGAUCGGGGUGGACGAGCACAAGCUGUUGGUCGAGUGUAUGCGAUCACGGGCGCCGAAGCUGCCAGCUCAGAUUGUGGUGCAAAGGAAUUGGUGUUUCCGGAUGAAUAUGAAGUAGAGCUAUCUGUGAUGCUCGGUCAAUUGAAGGAAGAUAUAGUGGAUGGCGCCAGUUGUUUUCUGAUCAUGACGCAUUCGGACGAACGAAUUGAAGAUUUGAAUCAUGAGCGAUCGUCUAGUAAACCGAAUGGAGGACGAUCAGUCGUGGAUGAAUUCUCUGAUGUAUUUCCUGAUGAAGUGCCUGGAUUACCUCCUCCACGCGAGGUGGAAUUUACUAUCGACUUAGUGUCGAAUGCUGGACCUAUCUCUAUUGCACCUUAUCGGAUGUCGCCAGCAGAGUUAGCUGAACUCAAGGAACAGAUUGAAGAGUUAAUGGAUAAGCAGUUUAUCAGACCUAGCGCAUCACCUUGGGGAGCGCCGGUACUCUUAGUGAAGAAGAAGGAUGGUAGCUCUCGUCUCUGCAUUGAUUAUAGGCAGUUAAACAAACUGACUAUCAAGAACAAGUACCCUUUGCCUAGGAUAGACGACCUACUAGAUCAAUUACAUGGCGCGGUCAUAUUUUCAAAGAUUGAUUUACGGUCGGGAUAUCAUCAGAUUCGGGUGAAGGAAGAAGACAUCCAGAAGACAGCCUUCCGAUCUCGAUACGGACACUACGAGUAUGUAGUAAUGCCGUUCGGUGUGACAAACGCCCCAGCAAUAUUUAUGGACUACAUGAAUCGUAUCUUCAGACCGUAUCUAGACAAGUUCGUGGUCGUCUUCAUUGAUGACAUUCUUGUCUACUCCAAGAGCUAUGAAGAACAUGAGGAUCACUUGAGGAUCGUUCUAGGCGUGCUAAGAGAAAAGGAGUUAUAUGCCAAAUUCUCUAAAUGUGAAUUCUGGAUGAAGGAAGUGCCAUUCUUGGGACAUGUGGUUUCAGCUGAAGGAAUCUCAGUAGAUCCGGCUAAAGUAAGAGCAGUACUGGAAUGAGAGAGUCCACGCUCAGUUACCGAGGUUCGUAGUUUUGUGGGACUCGCGGGCUACUAUAGACGGUUCAUUGAAGGAUUUUCCAAAAUAGUAGCUCCGCUUACUCAGCUGACCAGAAAGGAUCAACCGUUCGCUUGGACCGAUCGGUGUGAAGGAAGUUUCCAGGAAUUGAAGAAUAAGUUAACAAGCGCCCCGGUACUGGUCAUACCUGACACGGCUAAACCCUUCGUGGUAUAUUGUGACGCGUCUCAUCAAGGUUUGGGCUGUGUACUCAUGCAAGAAAAGAGGGUGGUUGCUUACGCUUCUCGGCAACUGAAGGUUCACGAGAAGAACUACCCAACUCACGACCUGGAGUUA